AUAGUCGUGACUACCGUUGGUUCGCACGAUUGAGACUCGACUUUUUUGUUUGUCUAUUAUUUUUUUAAAUAAUAAAUUUAUUUUUUUUUUUUUAUUAUUUACGAACAAGGGUGUACCGACUUGAAAGAUUUUUUUUAAAUUUUUUUAUCGGGCUUACAAAAGCAACUUGUGUAUCUGCACAUAUCAACAUCAACGUGUGCGAUUAACGUAGGUGUGCCACCAUCUUAUCAAAAUAAAUUUAUAAACAAAAAAAAAAAGAAGAAAAAUAAAAAACAAAAAAUUAUUUUUUUUUAAUAUUCAACGUUGCCAACUUCAAUCAACACUGUUAUUCAUUUUUUUAAAAAUUAUUCUUCAAAAUUAAAUCAUAAUAUAUUUAAAUAAAAAACUUGAAAUAAAUAUAUUUAAUAUAUAAAAAUGCAUUAAAUUAACGAUCACGCGUGUAUUGCUAAAUAUUGUUUUAUAAAAAUGAAAAAAGUUGUCAAAAUUCACGUGGGAUAAUUUAAUGAAUUUUUCAAAUAUGACUGAUACAGUACAGAUGAAAGAAGUCGUGAUGACUUGUCUUGAACGUUUGCAAAAAGAGGCUGUUAUUUGUCUAGAGAGUUUUCCAGAUAAAAUAACAGAUUUAAAUAGUAUUAUUGAAAUUUAUGCACCAUCUAGUAUUAAAACUGGUAGUACAGAUGCACAUACAAUUAAUCGUAUGCCUGAAUGUCGAUCAAUAUCAUCAACAAUUGGAGAAUAUGACACAGCAUCAGCAGCUGAUACCAAUCGUAAAUUAUUAAAAUCAAAAUUUGAUGUAACAUCAUUAUCAAGCUAUUAUACAAAAUCAUCAUAUGAACGUAAACGUAGUAAUAAACAUCAUGGAAUUAAUAAACGUCGUUACUAUCGUAUUUAUAGAAAUAGUAAUAAUGGUGUUAUAAAUCGUCGACGUUCAAGUGCACUUGGACACAUGCUUGCAUUUAUUGCACGUAAAUUUGUUAUUUGUACAAAAAGUAUGAUUAUAACCCCUUCAUGUUACCUUGUUGAACGUUUUAUAUCUAUGAUUUUUCAAAGAAGAGAGCUGAAGAAUGCUCAGUGUGGUCCAUGUGCAGAUUGGAGUAAUUCACUUUCAAGUUGUGUUACAUCACUAAAAGAAGAUAAAACUCUUGUCGGUAAUUUUAUAAGUGUCAUGAGACCAGUUGCUGUUCAGCUUAUAAGUGAUACAACAACACUUAAACGAUGGCUUCAAACACUUGCAACAAGUUCUACAAAAAUAUCAUUGGAAUUAGCUAAUGCAACACGAAAUACUGAGACCAUUGAUUGUUGGGCUUAUGAGCUAUUUUUUCAUCUCAAGUAUCUUCAGGUCAAUCGUGCACGUGAAGCCGACAAAAUUACUACUACUGAUGAGAAGACUGGCAGUGCUGAGGAGGUUACACAUAUGAAUCUCUGGCACAGAAUGGUUCAGCUUCGUGACAAUUACAUAAUCUUGUAUGAAAAUUUAUAUGCAAAUCCCAAGGUUCAACAUGUCAAGACCAAUGUUGAAUAAUUUAUAAUUUAUUUUCAUAUUUUUUUUUUUUCAAUAAAAUAUUUAAUUUUAUAAAAAAAAA